AUGUCAUUAUGGGGAGCAACUGUAAUUACUAAUAUGUUAUCAGCUAUCCCAUGGAUCGGACAAGAUUUUGUACAAUUAACAAUCCUUUUACUUGUCCAAUCUUUAUUCAUUUAUCUAAUUAAUUAUAAAAACCCUAUUGAAAGUUUACCAACUAUUGGUAAAGUAAAUACUAAAGCUUUACGAGGUCAAAAAGCUCGAGAAGAAAAUGAUAAAUUAACCUUUAAAAAAAUUACAUCUAGCUUUAUAGCUAUGUUUAGAGGAGUAGUAGAUGGCGACGGUUAUAUUAAAUUAACUAAAACAAUAAAAGGUUUUAUUUCUAUAGAAUUAGUAAUUUCAUUAGAUAUUCGAGAUAAGAAAUUAUUAGAAUAUUUAAAAUCUGUAUUAGAAGUUGGUCGUAUCUAUUACCAUAAAAACACUGUAAAAUAUAUUAUUGGUCGUGUAGAUUUACAAGAAGUAGUUUUUCCCUUAUUAUUACAUUACAAUAUUCAAUUUUUAACAGAUACUCGCCGAGAGCAAUUUAGACAAGCUUUAAAUGUAUUAAUUAAGAAUAUUGUAUUAUUUGAAGAUUUAGAUAAAUUAUCUAACACUUUAGUAGGAUUAGAAUUACCUUCAACACCUGCAGGAUACUUAAAUCUACCUUAUUUUAAAAACUGGGUAGUAGGUUUUACAAUGACUGAAGGUUCAUUUUCUAUUAAAGCAUCAGGUGAGCUAUUUUUCAAUUUAACUCAACGAUCACAUGAUGUUCUAUUUGAAGCUCUUAAAUUAUUAUUUAAUACUACCCGAAAGAUUGACAAUAGUUAUAGAGGUUAUUCAAAACUAUCUUUAUCAUCUGUUAAAGAUCUAAGAAAUGUAGUUAACUUUUUCUCAUAUUCAGAUUUACAUCCAUUAGUAGGGUAUAAAAAACUUCAAUAUGAUAAAUGGUUAGAGACAAUGAGAGGUUUACCUCGGUUUAAAAAUGUAAAAUUACCAGAGAAUGACAAAUAA